CUGAAAGUCGGGUUUGGUAAACUAUCCAAUUUUCUUUUCCCUACCCGAAUCCUACUCUUUUUUCCCCCAAAUCCAAAUCGGAAACUUCCGCCGGCGAAGCUAUUGAGCUUCACAAUUGUUCUUCAUAAAGGUGCCGUUUUCUUCACAUAGAUUCCGGCGUUUGUUAUAGUGGAAGUGUUUUUGGAAUUUACCUAUUUUUUUCUUAUUACUGUAUGUAGACAUUGUUGUGUGCUUCAAAGAAUUGGUAAAAUUGAUUGAUUUUUGUGAUUUGUAAGCACAAGUUGAGCUUAUGGAGAAGGAUUUGGGUGAGAAUGGACAUCGUAGGAGAAGGAAUGAUGAGGAUUUGGAGAAAGUAGAGCGGCAAAGGCAUAGGGAUAGAAGCAGCUCGGAUGAUGAUGAAAGAGGUGAUAGGAGGGAGAGGAGGCGAGUAAUCGAACGUGAAAGUGGUGAUGAUGGAAGGGAUGACAGGAGGGCGAGGAGGCGAACAACUGAACAUGAAAGUGGUGGUGGUGGUAAUAAUGGAAGGGAUGAUAGGAGGUUGUCGAGGCGAAGAACUGAACGUGAAACUAGGGAUGAUAGUGAUGAUGAUUUGAGGCGGAAGAGGCGAAGAGAUGAACGUGAAUAUAGUGCUGAAAGGGGUGAUAGGAGGCCAAAAGAAGAACAGGAAGAAGAUGAUGAUGAUGAUGGUGGUGAAAGAAAUAAAACGAGGGAGAGGAGGAGAAUAAGUGAACGGGUAGAUGAUGAUGAGAAGGAUGAUCCGAGGGAGAGAAGACGAAGAAAUGACAGUGAAGAUUGUGGUGAAAGGGAUGAUAGGAGGGAAAGGAGGCCAAAAGAAGAACAGGAAGGAGAAGAAGAUGAUGGUGAUGGUGAAAGGGAUAAAAUGAGGGAGAGAAGGAGAAAAAGUGAACGGGCAGAUGAUGAUGAGAAGGAUGAUAGGAGGGAGAGAAGACGAAGAAAUGACCGUGAAGAUGAUGCUGGAAGGGAUGGCAGAACACAGAGGAGGCCAAAAGAUGAAAGGGAUGAUAGGAAGGAAAGCAGAAAAAAGGUAAGCCAAGUUGAUGAGGACGAUGAAAGGGAUGGUAGGAGUAAGAGGAGACGAAGACAUGAAGGUGAUGUAAAGGAUGAUAGGAAGGAGAGGAAGCGAAGGGAAGAUGAUGAAAAAGUGCAAAAGAGAAGGGAGGAUAGGGUUGAUCAGUAUAAUGAUGGUAGAGAUGGGGAUAGGAAAGAGAAGAAUAGGAAUGAAGAAAGAGAAAAGAGGGUUGAUGGUGAUGACAAUGAUAGAAAGGAUGUGAGGCAAAGGGUUGGGUCUGAUAAGCAUGGAAGAGACAAAACCAGUAAAGAUAAUACCCAAGAGGACAGGGCUCUGAAAGCCAGUGAGGUCUCCAAGGUGCAAAAGCAAGAUGGUAAUUUGAAUGUCGAUACAGCAAAAUUGGGCAGGAGUGGGGGAGUGUACAUUCCACCAUUCAAGUUGGCUAGAAUGAUGAAGGAGGUUCAGGACAAGAGCAGUGUUGAGUACCAGAGAAUGACUUGGGAUGCUCUGAGAAAGAGCAUUAAUGGACUGGUGAAUAAAGUUAAUGCAGCAAACCUCAAAAACAUUAUUCCGGAGUUGUUCGCAGAGAAUUUAAUUCGAGGGAGGGGUUUGUUUUGUAGAUCCUGUAUGAAGUCCCAAAUGGCUUCUCCGGGCUUUACUGAUGUGUUUGCUGCUUUGGUUGCGGUCGUUAAUACCAAGUUCCCAGAAGUGGGUGAUCUUUUGUUAAGAAGGAUCAUACUGCAGCUGCAAAGAGCUUAUAAACGUAAUGAUAAGCCUCAGCUGUUAGCAGCUGUCAAAUUUAUUGCUCACCUUGUGAACCAACAAAUCGUCCAUGAGCUUAUUGCUCUUGAACUACUCACGGUUUUGUUGGAGAAACCUACUGAUGACAGUGUUGAGGUUGCAGUUGGUUUUGUGACAGAAUGUGGUUCAAUGCUUCAGGACCUCUGUCCUCGAGGAUUACAUGGAAUCUUUGAGCGGUUCCGUGGUAUACUUCAUGAAGGAGAAAUAGAUAAGCGGGUUCAGUUCUUAAUUGAAAGCCUCUUUGCAUUGCGUAAAGCUAAGUUUCAGGGUUACCCAGCUGUGCGUCCAGAACUUGACCUUGUUGAGCAGGAAGAUCAAUUAACACAUGAAGUCUCUCUCUCAGAUACAAUAGAUCCAGAAAUUACUUUAGAUAUUUUCAAGCCGGAUCCUAAUUUCUUAGAAAAUGAAAGGAAGUAUGAAGAAUUAAAGAAGGCAAUACUUGGUGAAGAAUCUGAGGAAGGAGAUUCUGAUGCCGUAUCAGAGAAUGAAGAUGAAGAUGAGGAUGAAGAGUCUGAAGAAGAGGAUGAGGAGCAAAUGCAAAUAAAGGACGAAACAGAGACAAACUUAAUCAACCUUCGGAGAACGAUCUACCUUACUAUUAUGUCUAGCGUUGACUUUGAAGAAGCAGGGCAUAAGCUGUUGAAAAUCAAACUAGAGCCUGGUCAGGAGAUGGAAUUGUGCAUAAUGUUAUUGGAGUGCUGCAGUCAGGAGAGGACUUAUCUUCGUUACUAUGGACUACUGGGACAGCGAUUUUGCAUGAUCAACAAAAUUCAUCAAGAAAACUUUGAGAAAUGCUUUGUGCAGCAGUACUCCAUGAUCCACAGGCUCGAAACUAAUAAACUUCGUAACGUGGCCAAGUUUUUUGCUCAUUUGCUCGGCACUAAUGCUCUUCCUUGGCAUGCUUUGGCUUAUAUACGGCUGACAGAGGAGGACACCACCUCUUCCUCUCGUAUAUUUAUUAAAAUCCUAUUCCAGGAAAUGUCGGAGCACCUUGGCAUUCGCUUGUUGAAUGAGCGUCUUAACGACCCCACCAUGCAAGAUUCCCUUGACUCUAUUUUCCCGAAGGACAAUCCCAAGAAUACAAGGUUUGCUAUCAACUUUUUCACUUCCAUUGGUCUCGGUGGUAUUACUGAAAAUCUAAGAGAGUAUCUGAAGAACAUGCCAAAGCUUAUCAUGCAACAACAAAAGCCCGUUUCUGAAUCAGAUGAGUCUGGGAGUUCUGGUUCUGAAUCUUCAGGAUCUGAAUCAGAAUCAUCAACAUCCAGUUCUGACGACAGUGAUAGUGAAAGUGAUAAUAGUCGGAGGAAGCGGAGGAGGAGAAGAUAGAAGGACCAUGUAUCUUCGAAGUACAAAUUCCCAGAUUAGUACGGUUUGGUAUUGUCUUCUAAUGCUACUAUCGCUGAUUCUAGAGUUUAUGGGACUUGUUUAGUUAAUUUUAGAAGAAAUAUGAAUGGAAAGGCUGCAAUCAAGGUGAGUUUUUCAGUAAAAUCUUGUUAUAUAAUCUGGAAUAAAGAAGAGCAACAUCUCAAACCAUGGCCUCGAAACAAGUCAAGAGCUCCUCAUAAAGGUGAAGUGUUUCUCUUGGAUUGUCGCAAAGUUGGCCUGCCUUAUAUUGAUAUCUCCCGAAUAGGAGGGCUACCUUUAUUCAGCAGAUGUUAUUUAUGUGGCAACCAUGCAGAAAACUCUUAUUCAUCUCUUUUUAUCCUAUUACACCAAUUGUGGCAGCACAGCUCUUUCGCAACUUUGUCAGGCUGGACAAAGCAAGAAAUACGCUAUUCCAGCUUGUGUAUGGUGGAUGAUUUGGAGAGAAAGGAACUCAAGAUGUUUUGAAGGGAAGCAGAAAUCAGUCCAGAUGAAUCGUCUCUAGAUUGUAUGGUGUUAUUUAACUUUUGUUGUAAACGAGGCGGAAACUUUACUGGAAUUCUUUAAGAGUCGCUCUAAAGAUUAGAAGAGGGAUAUAUUGUGCUCAUUUGUUCAGGAUCCCAUCACUACGUUUGUGUUUUUUAUGAAUACAAUUAUUCACCAUAAA